UAUUGACGUUUUUCUGAAUCUUCAAGGAAAUUACAUGAAUCAUUUUGGGAAAGAUGAAAUUCCAAUUCUGUCAGAAACACAUGGACAACGAUCUGAUGAACCUCAGGAUUCUACCUUCCGAAGAAACAUAUCGAGGACACGGAGUGCUUCAAUUUAUAUUCCUAUGGCUUCUCCGGAUCCAUAUGAGAGACAACCAAAUCUUGUUGGACAUACUGGUUCACUUCGUAUCACGGCGAAAACUCCUGUUAGCCAAAUGAGUGGUCCAUUAUUUGCUUCUCCUGCAACUGGAAAACCAAGAGCUCCCACUAUAUUUGAUCCCAAGUUCCACAAUUCUCUUUAUGGCGUCGCCAAAGGUUAUGGAAGAAAACUUUUUUCUUUCUGCUCUUCAUGGAUUCCUGAAGUUAUGGAAUCCUCAAGCGAAAGUUGUACAACAAUGGAACAAGGUUUUGGCCAUAUUUUGCUUGGUCGCAAUUUUUAUUGAUCCAUUAUUUUUCUUCUUACUCUAUGUGAACAAGGAAAAUAAAUGUAUCCGAAUCAACAUGGCAAUGUCAAGAACACUUGUUGUACUUAGAAGCAUAACUGAUAUUGUGUAUCUCUUGAACAUUCUUCUCCAG